AUGGCGUUGCGACGCUUCCUUGAACGUCGACUGGCACCGCUACCGCUCGGUUGCAGGGGUUGCUGCUGCACCAAGUCUUCCGGUUCCAAGCCACAACGUCUGCAUGUAACGCGUGGAGGACUGAGAGCAUUUGUAUCGUGGCAGUAUUCACUUCAUGGGAGUUGCAUCUGCGCUGCGCUUUCCUCUUCUAGAGCUUUUAUUCACUCGCCAGAUAGAGCAAAAAUGUCUUCCCCCGCAGAAUUGCUUGAGCGUCUCCAACGCGUUGUUGGCUUGGAUGAGAAGAACUCCAAGGACCUGUCUACGAAGCCGGAACGCGUGCAGGACCUCCUCGCUUUCUUUGCGAGCCAAGACAUGGAACCGGAUUCCCCUCGCGAGCAAAAGGUGAUGCUUUUUAACGUGUGGACCAAAGUUAAACUCCCCAAGCACCGCGCUAUUGUCGCCGCAUAUGUGAAGCAGGGCAAGUUGGAUUCCACACAAAAGGUGGAUGCCGCUGUGCGGUUGGUGAAUGCCAUGAAGGAAGAUACUCCCUUCGAUGCAGCCGCAUUUGAAAGGGACUGUGGCGUCGGUGUGGUUGUCUCACACGAUGAAAUCUUGCGACGGGUGAAGGCGGCAUUGGCAGAUGAAGAUCUCAAGGCGUUGAAGACGUCAUGGAUGAAAAAUCCUAACAUGUUGCUCGGCCGGAUGAAGCAGGUGCCGGGCUUACAAUGGGCCGACUUCACCGUGGUGAAGACCGUACUUGAGGAAGUAGUGCCACCCAUGAUUAAGGAUGUCGUCGUUGAUGAAGCGGAGACCAAGACCAAGGAGAAGUCCCCCACCCUGGCUCAAAAAAAGAGUGAUGAAACUGCAGUGACGAGCAAGUGCCCACGCAACGCGGAUUGGAAACGUGUUGUAGAUCUGCAUUCAAUUACACGCAUUGGUGAUUUACCAUCGGUGCAGGAGGGCACGAAGGUGCAGGUCGUGGGGUGGGCACACCGAGUUCGUCACCAGUCGCGUCUCUCUUUUGUGGUGGUCCGAGACGGAUCGGGGUACAUUCAAGCCGUCUUCAACGGUGAAGUGGAGCCGUUUCACCGCGAGACGUCCUUGGCGAUUCGUGGCACGGUGAAAUGUGAGCCCAAGGCCAAGGCCGAACUGCAGCCCCCAUAUGAGCUUUGCGUGGAUGAAUACGCCAUUAUUGGUAACUCCGACGGCAGCAUUGAAAAUGUUAUCACCGCUGAGAGCUCCCCUGACAAGCUGUUGGAUGAUCGUCACUUGGUGCUUCGUGGAACCUAUGGCUCAACAACCUUAAAGGUUCGUCAUGAGGUCAUUCGAGCUUUUCGGGAAUAUUUUUGGUCAACAAACACGUAUGAGGUAACGCCGCCAACUCUUGUAAACACGGAAUGUGAGGGAGGCUCCACCCUCUUUGACGUCAUGUACUACGGCAAGAAUGCUUACCUCACACAGUCGUCUCAGUUGUAUCUUGAGACCUGCACCGCUGCGUUGGGAGAUGUCUAUUGUAUUCUCCCCAGCUAUCGGGCGGAGAAGUCCAAGACGCGACGCCACCUAAGUGAAUACUCACACCUUGAAGUUGAGUACAGCAUCUGUGACUUUGAGAUUUUCCUCUCAAGGUUGGAGGACAUGAUUGUGGAAGCAUUCAAUCGAACCAUUGAGCGGGUGGGGCAUUUGGUUGCCUUCAUGAAUCCGGGGGAAUUGUUGUCUCCAGACGCAAAUCCCCGUGACCCGAAGAGCUGGAGGUUUGCCCCGAAGAAGCCGUUCCGGCGCCUUCGGUACAGUGAAGCCAUUAAACUUUGUAACGACAACGGCAUUUUUAACCCAGAGACAAACGCCCCGUUCCAGUUCGGUGAGGAUAUCACGGAUCAACCGGAGCGAGCCAUGGUGGCGUUGUUGGGGGAGAUGGUGUUCAUGACGCACUUUCCUGCAGUGAUGAAAUCGUUUUACAUGGCCCGAGACCCAGAGGAUCCCACCCUGACGGAGUCUGUUGACGUGUUGGCGCCAGGAAUUGGGGAAAUUGUCGGCGGCUCCAUGCGUAUGUGGAACCACGAGGAGCUGAUCGAGGCGUACAAACGCGAAAAACUUGACGCCAGCGCGUAUUAUUGGUACACGGAUCAGCGCAAGUACGGUUCCACCCCCCACGGCGGGUUUGGUUUGGGCUUGGAGCGCUUCUUGGUGUGGCUUCUGAACCUGGACUCGGUGAGGGAGGCCUGCCUGUACCCGCGCUAUAUGGGAAGAUGCGAGCCGUAG